UCAUUAGAGUUCUCAUUCUAACCUAUCUAUUUAAUGUGGUCAAGUAUGAAAAGAUCGCAUAGGAUCAAUGGAUCCUGUUAAUUUUCGUGUUUAAUUUCAGUUUCGGGAAUGAAAUAAAAGACGUUCGUUAUAGGUUGAGUGUGGAUUAACAAGUGCAAGAUUAAAAAAAAAUGGAAGUGACUUCUUCGAAUUUUCAAGAGGUCCUAGUGGAAUUAGAUGAAAUUUUGAAGAAUGCAACAUUUCUUUGUAUCGAUGGAGAAUUUACAGGACUUAAUUCAGGACCUGAUGCCGGUGUCUUUGAUACACCUGCUCAGUAUUAUGCAAAAUUAAGAACAGGAUCAAUGGAUUUUCUUCUUAUACAAUUUGGCCUUUCUGUCUUUACAUUUAAUAAAGAAAUGCAAAAGUAUAAUCAACGAUCCUAUAAUUUUUAUGUUUUUCCACGUCCGUUAAAUCGUACAGCUCCAGAUUGUAGAUUCAUGUGUCAAACUUCCAGUAUAUCAUUUCUAGCGUCACAAGGAUUCGAUUUUAAUAAACUUUUCAAAUUGGGCAUUCCUUAUUUAACCGCAAAUGAAGAAGAAAAAUUGAUGAAACGAUUAGAGGAAAAACAAAGGAUAAGAGAUGAAGCAGCAGAAAUAUUGCCUAUUUCGGACGUCGAAAGACCUCAGAUUGAAGAGAUUUGUUCGAGGAUAGAUGAAUUUGUCACUUCCGAAACAGAAGAACUAUUGAUAGAAAAAUGUAAUGCUUUCAUUAGACGACUCGUGUAUCAGGAAGUAAAAUUAAGAUGGCCAAACAAAUUAAAAGUUGAAAGUAAAAUGAACAAUUUUGGAUGCAGUCUUGUAGUACAAAGAUUAGGAACUAAGGAAGAAGAAGAACAAAGAGAGAUUGAGAAAAGAGAAAGAGAAAAGACAGAAAUUCAACAAGCAGUUGGAUUAAGUAUUCUUAUGAGGAAAAUUGCAGAUUCCGGAAAAUUAAUAGUUGGUCAUAAUAUGUUAUUAGAUCUCUGUCAUAUAGUACAUCAAUUUUUUGGACAAUUACCGGAAUCAUAUUUGGAGUUUAAGAGUCUUGUUCAUAGUCUAUUUCCAAGAAUUUUAGAUACAAAAAUAAUUUGCCAUUCGCAGCAAUUUAAGGAAAAUAUACCAUCGUCGAAUUUAGGUAUAUUACUAGAAACUGUUAGUAAAUCACCGUUUAAAAUUACAGAAGUGGAACCUACCGAUGGUAGAAGUUAUUCUACAUUAUCAGAAAAAUGUCACGAGGCUGGUUACGAUGCAUAUAUAACUGGAAUAUGUUUCAUUGCAUUGUCCAAUUAUCUUGGUACCUUACAAAAACCUGAAGUGCCGAUAGUUUUAUCGGAUUCACCUUUACUCAAUCCUUUUUUAAAUAAACUUCUCAUAGCAAGAUUAAAAGAUGUACCGUAUAUAAAUCUUGUUGGAGACGAUCCUAAUCCAAGUAGAGACCAUGUAUUCCAUUUAACAUUCCCAAAAGAGUGGAAAUUUAAUGACAUAUCUCACUUGUUUAGUCCAUUUGGAAGUGUGCAUGUGUCAUGGUUAAGUGAUAUAUCCGCAUACAUAGAAUUACAUCGUCGGGAUCAAGUCAACGAGGUGAUGAAAGUUCUAGCUAAAACGAGUACCUAUAAAUUACAAAGGUAUGCCGAUUACCAAGCUUCUUUAGAAAGCUUCAAUACAGGAGAGCGCAAACGAAAAUUAUCUUCGUCCGACAAAAUCGUUGAUUACUGAACACGCUUAUAGAAGUAGCGGCGAAUAAUUCGAUUCAUCAUAGCCAUAAGUUAUAAGCUAAAGACGGAAGUGUUGAUAUCGCAAGAUGCGGGAUAUUAAACGUUGGCAAGAGUUCAGGUGUCAUAACUUAAAAGAAGGAAGAGUAACGUGUUAUCGGAGACCGAGGAAUAAGUCGUACGCUGGUUGAUGGUAAUUUCAAACAUGCCGUGGCUGAAAGAAAACGGCGUGGAUGAGCACAGAGAGAGAGGCGACGUUUCGUAGUCUGGUCGGCUUCUUAGGAUUUCCUGUACACGAGAGAUUUGCAUAGGGUCGUAGAGCUCAUUCUAAAUUAAUGCCAACGACGCUUGUUACACGCGUGUCUUGACUUCCUCCUUCUUCAGCUGCUGCCGCCGCCUUCUGCGCUUUCCUAUUUUUCCCGUUGCUCUUGCCACGUUCGACGCUUCUUCUCUCUUCGUCCAUUCCUUUGCCACCUUCGUUCCUCCUCGAUCACCAUGCUAUAGGGUCGCCAGUAAAUCAGAGUUCCUCGCCCUUGUCGACGAGACUUAUCGGAGGCGGCGAUCGCGUAUCGAUCUUGCUGCUA